AUGGCAGUUUUCGGCGGCAACCGUCCUUGGCUAAUUAUCUUUGCCUUCCUAUUCGGCCUAACGCUGGUGAGAAUCGCAAAUGGCGAGAACAUUUUCCUCGAGUGGCAUGUUGCAAUUGACUCGAGUAUUAAACCGGCUUUAGCUGACCAGCCGGUUAUUACUAUUAAUGGGAAGUUUCCAGGGCCUCUUAUCAAUGCCACAACCAACGAUGUUGUUCAGGUCAAUGUGUUUAACAACAUGGAUGAGCCUCUACUUUUUACUUGGAAUGGCAUACAACAGAGGCUAAACUCAUGGCAGGAUGGAGUUUCAGGAACAAACUGUGCAAUUCAGCCUGGAUCAAAUUGGACUUAUGUGUUUCAGACGAAGGAUCAAAUUGGGAGCUUCUUUUACUUCCCCUCUGUCAAUUUCCAAAAAGCUGGAGGAGGGUUCGGUCCAUUUCGGGUCAAUAAUCGGGUUGUCAUCCUCGUACCUUUCCCAAAACCUGAGGCAGAAUUUGAUCUUCUUAUUGGUGAUUGGUACAACAGAAGUUACAAGGAAGUUAGGUCUCUGAUGAACGAUGAACUUUGGGCUUACCAUAACCGACCUAAUGUGAUGCUAAUGAAUGGAAAAGGCUCUUAUUUGGAUCCAAAUUCGACACAGCACGAGUCUUUCACCGUUACAACUGGAAAAACGUAUCGAUUCAGGAUAUCAAACGUGGGGACAGCCUGGAGUUUCAAUUUCAGGAUUCAAAAUCAUGGAAUGGUUUUGGUUGAAACAGAAGGAUCAUACACUGAACAGAUAACCCUGGAUUCUCUUGAUGUGCACGUUGGCCAGUCUUACUCUGUUCUAGUUACAGCAGAUCAAGCUCCGGCCGAUUAUUACAUUGUGGCAAGUCCGAAAAUGUCAAAUCCCUCUGGAAACAACAGCCUCAUUGGUGUAGCAGUGCUUCAUUAUGAUACUUCCACGACUCCUGCAACAGGCCCUCUACCUGGAAAACCUGAUCCAUUUGAUAUAAAUUUCUCCCGGGAUCAAGCUAAGUCCAUCAGGUGGAACCUAACCACGGGAGCUGCAAGGCCAAAUCCCCAGGGAACCUUCAACGUAUCAAAUGUGACACUAUCUCAGACUUUUAUUCUCCGGGGUUCUAGCUCUUUCAUCGAUGGCACACCUCUCUACACAGUCAACAAUGUCUCUUACCUUACACCAGACACUCCCUUAAAACUAGCAGAUCAAUUUGCCAAUGGCUCUGGAGUUUACGAACUCGACAAAUUCCCCGUUAACUCCUCUGUUCUUGAUCCUGUACGCGGGGUUUUUGUUGCCACUGGAAUCCAUAAAGGUUGGAUAGAAAUUGUGUUCAAGAAUGAAUUACAAGUGAUUGAUUCCUGGCACUUGGAUGGUUUCGGAUUUUAUGUUGUCGGAUUUGGGGAUGGAGAGUGGAGAUCUGAUUUUCGUUCUAGUUACAAUACUUAUAAUCCUGUGGUUCGAUCCACCACCCAGGUUUAUCCUGGAGGAUGGACUGCUGUUUAUGCUUUUCUGGACAAUCCUGGAAUGUGGAAUUUGAGAUCGCAAAUCCUGAAGCAUUGGUAUCUGGGUCAAGAACUCUACUUGAGAGUUUAUGAUCCUGAUCCUAACCCAGCAAAGGAACGGCCUCCUCCGGAAAAUCUCAUUUUCUGUGGAAAAUUUGAGCCUCCGCCUCCGCCUCCACCAGGACCAUCAGGGCCAUCUGCAAGUCCUCCACCCAGGGCUUCGCCUCCCGGAAAUAGUGCACCACCUCAACAAAAAUUGUGGUUUCUUCAUACAUUGGCUAUCUACGCCGUCACACUUCUGAUCAUUUGCCAGCCGUAA